GCAACUUUUCAUUAAUUUUCCUUUUAAUAAUAAUAAUCGUUUUCUUGGCAGCAUCGACGGAGCCGAGGAAGAGAAAAGCCAUUUUUCCGUCCAUUACCAGGAAGCCUGGCUUCUCCGGCUUUCUCUUCCUCGCCGCUUCCCCUUCUUCUUCUUCUUCCUCUUCCUCCUCCGUCGUUGUUCUUCUCCUUCCUUUCCCCCAAACCCUAAAUUGAUUACAUCAUUUAAACUAAUCAAUAACGUCAAUUGAUCUUCCUUUCUCAUAUAUAAUCCCUUCUCUCUGGCAUUUUCUUCUUCUCCGUUGAAAAAAAAAGAGAGAACGGGGAAAAGGAAGUGAUUCAUAUUUAAUACCAUUUCCAUAGCGUCCGGCGCCUCCAUUGCCCUGUCCCCACCCAAUCUCUCGCUGCCUCGCGUCGUGUGACUGGGUAGGGGGAAAAAGCGACAAAGUCCGUAAAAAGCACCCAAAGCCCUCGUCGCCUCCUCCUAAAAAGUGCUCCUUCUCUUCUCCUCCAUCUGUCUCCAAUUCCUCUGCUCCUCGAGACUCUCCUUGCAAUUGGGUUUACCUCUCUGCCGGCUAUAGGCAAAAAUGUCAGGGAGCCCUGUUGCCAUGUACGAUAAAGAAGAGACUGAAAACCCCAGCUGGAGUUCUUCGAUCCUUGCACAGACAACAGAAGAUGUUGCGAAAGCUGUUGCUGCUGCAGCUGCCACUGUUCGUUCUCCACGCCCCUCUGUGAUUUUUUCAUCUAAAGAGGAAAAUGUUGGUAGCCCACUUCAGAAAUUCCAGCGCCAAGUGUCAAAGGUGCUCAAAGGCAUGUCGCCUCCUCGCCGUGAAGUGAGGAUUGGAAAUUACAAUCCUGAGCUUCUAACCAGCCAAAAGCGGCAAUGGGCCAGCCAGUUGCAGAACUUGGAUCACAGGGCCUUGAAGGAGCAUUCGAAACUUUUUGAGAGCAUGGUCGUUGUUGGACUUCCUCCUAAUAGUGACGUUCAGUCUCUUCAAAGGCAAUUCUGUUCAAGAAGGUCUGAAGGUUCGGGGAGACUGCAAACUGUUCUUGGUUCUCAAAACCAGUCUCGAGUAGAACCUCUUCUCGAGCCUCAGGUCUUGUUUGUUUACCCGCCCGACAAGCCACUACCUCUUAAAUACAAGGAUCUUCUAUCAUUUUGCUUUCCUGCUGGUGUGGAGGUUAAUGCUGUCGAGAAAACUGCAUCCAUGAGUGAGUUGAAUGAGAUUCUUCUUGCACAGGAACACUUCAAGCAGAGCGACUUGUCAUUUGUUUUCCGGUUACAGGUUGCUGAUGAUUCAACACUCUAUGGUUGCUGCGUGCUGGUUGAAGAAAUCAUUCAAAAACCAUCUGGAUUGCUCUCUGUGGUUUCAGAUAAACAGCCUUCAAUCCCAAUGUUGAGCCGUUAUGAACUUACAACACGGAGAUGUUAUUGCAUUCUUACACGCCUUCCUUUCUUUGAAUUGCAUUUUGGAGUAUUGAAUAGGUUCGUUUUUGCUUUACAUUUCUCUUGCAGCAUUUUCACUGAAGAGCGGUUGGAAAGACUUACCAAAGGUAUUGGUUUUCUCGACCUUGAUUGUUCCGGGGACUACCAGGAGGAUAAUGUGGGAGACAAUUCAAAUGCUACUUCAAAUAAUCAUAGAGUAGAAGAGGGUCUGCUGGAGACAUGGGAGCCAGCUUCAGAGGUUGCAUGUGGAGGAGGUUUGGUUGAUGGCGAAAGCCACUUGGAGGAUCAUGCUUUUGAGCGUAAACCUUCAUUGACCAACAAUGUCAAGGAUAAUGAUGAUACAUUUGAUUCAGAAACAGAGGAGACUCCCAAAUGUGAAUCUGCUACGACAAACCAUGAGAGUCAUAGUAAUAAUGAUAAUGAUGAUUCACCACUGAAGCAACGAGAAAGACGCUUGACGAACUCAUCUCUUCCUCGCAUCCGCUUAUAUCCUUGUGAAAGCUCUGAAUCUUCUCCAAGUUUCCAGGGUUCUCCCAGUGAAGACAGGAAUUUCCGGAGUGAUAUUGACGAUACUGAGACUGAAGAGACUUCUUCUUCUGGCCAGGAAGAGUCAAUUGAUCAUCUUCACAUUCUUGAAUGGGCCAAGGAAAACAACCAUGGCUCAUUACAGAUACUUUGCGAGUAUUACCAUCUGCAUAAUCCUGACAGGGGUUCAGCAAUAAAAUUUCAUCCGUUGGAGCAUCUUCAUCCCUUGGAAUUUCAUAGACCAGAUGAGACAAUUCUGCGUAUUGCUGGCUCAACUAUUGAUUUGAGAUCUUGUAGUACAGGCCUUGAAUUUGCUGAGGCCUACGGUGCACUCUUGGUAGAGGAGGAAGCAACAGCAUUGUCAACCUGGACAAUAGCAUGCAUAUGUGGAGCUUUACGACUUGAACAUGUUUUAACGUUAUUUGCAGCAGCACUACUGGAGAAGCAGAUUGUGUUUGUUUGUUCCAAUUUGGGAAUUCUGUCUGCUUCAGUUUUGUCAAUUAUUCCUCUGAUUCGUCCUUACCAAUGGCAAAGCCUACUAAUGCCGAUUUUGCCAGAUGACAUGCUAGAUUUCUUGGAAGCUCCUGUUCCUUACAUAGUCGGUGUAAAGAACAAAACUAUUGAAGUACAAUCGAGGUUAACCAAUGCUGUUGUGGUUGAUAUCAACAAGAACCAGGUUAAGUCACUUGGAAUACCUCAACUACCGAAACAUAGAGAGUUGUUUUCAUCCUUGAGUUCAUAUCAUGCAAAGCUUGUGGGACUAAGCUUUUCGGCAAGGAGAAGACCAGUGUAUGAGUGCACAGAUGAGCAGGUUGAAGCUGCCAAGGGCUUCCUGCGAGUACUCAGAUCUUACUUGGACACUCUUUGUUCCAACCUGCGCUCGCACACCAUUACAAAUGUUCAAUCAAACAAUGAUAAGGUUUCCUUGCUCUUAAAGGAGAGUUUUAUAGACUCCUAUCCUAACCGUGAUCGGCCAUUUAUGAAGCAUUUUGUGGACACACAGCUCUUCUCUGUACAUACGGAUCUCGCUCUUUCUUUCUUUCAGAAGGAUUAGUGUUGGUAAGGUUUUGUGUAACGUGAGUAUAACUUAUGUAGCUUGAAACCUAGUCGAAGGUUAUGUGGCAUGUUUCUCCAGAUUGGUGGCCCAUUUGUAGGGAAAUCCCACCAAGUUGGUAUCAUCCAACAGGGAGGGACAGCCAGGGGAGGUUGAAAUUUGGUAGGAUAGGGGCAAAGCUUAAAUGUGAGGGUUUGGUUUUGAUAGGAUUGUAGGAGGAAAGCUAAAGAAGGGAUAUCUACAAUGGUAUUGUAUGUUGUUUUUUUUUUUGUGUGGUGAAUGCAUCCCAGCUCCCAACUUCACAACGAUUCUGUCCAAGUGCAACUGGUGUUUAGGAGAACCCUUGGUCGAGCUGCCUGAACUCGCGGUAUCAAGUUGUUAAUACUGUGGCUUAAACUUUUUGUACCUGCAAUGAUUCUGUUUGCCUUUUGGGUACUGGGAAUUGAAUGCUAUGGCGGAAGUUGGAUGGUUAGGUCAUAGGUGCAGUCUCUGUACAAGAGCAGUUUUAAGAUCUCUGUACUUUUGGGUGGGAAUCUAAAUGAAUUAGCGUUUCUGGGGCAGAAACUGGUAAAGUGUUACGACCCUGAGUUAUCAAUAUCUGCUGCCACAAUAACUAUUUAGAACUUAGAAGAAGACGACAAUGUCUGAUUUCUACGGGUUUACCAACAAACAAACAAUUGCAGCAAAAUGGCUUUUCGUUUUCUCUGGU